AUGGGUCCUAUCCUCUCCCUGCUCCCAGGACCUCUGAGCCUGUCUCGCCUGUCUCCCAUCCCUGCCCAACUGUCUCAGGCCUUAAAUGGAGUUUCCGAUAAGGCAAAAGAAGCAAAGGAAUUUCUGGUUCAGCUGAAGAACAUUCUGCAGCAGAUCCAGGAAAACGGACUGGACUAUGAAGCCUGCCUGGUUGCUCAGUGUGAUGCGCUGGUCGACGCUCUGACUCGGCAGAAAGCCAAGCUGCUCACCAAGGUUACUAAAGAGAGGGAGCACAAGUUGAAGAUGGUUUGGGACCAGAUCAAUCACUGCACAUUGAAGCUGCGCCAGUCAACAGGGCUGAUGGAAUACUGCCUGGAGGUGAUCAAGGAGAACGACCCCUCCGGGUUCCUACAGAUCUCGGACGCCCUGAUCAAGCGUGUCCAGGUGUCUCAGGAGCAGUGGGUCAAAGGCGCCCUGGAGCCAAAAGUGUCAGCAGAGUUUGACCUGACGUUGGACAGCGAGCCGCUGCUGCAGGCCAUCCACCAGCUGGACUUCAUUCAGAUGAAAUGUAGGGUGCCGCCCGGCCCCCUGCUGCAGCUAGAGAAGUGCUGCACUCGCAACAACAGUGUCACGCUGGCCUGGAGGAUGCCGCCCUUCACCCACAGCCCCGUGGACGGCUACAUCCUGGAGCUGGACGAUGGCGACGGGGGGCAGUUCCGGGAAGUGUAUGUCGGCAAGGAGACCCUAUGCACCAUUGACGGUCUUCAUUUCAACAGCACCUACAACGCCAGAGUCAAGGCGUUCAACUCCUCUGGCGUCGGGCCCUAUAGUAAAACUGUCGUCCUGCAGACAUCUGAUGUGGCCUGGUUCACAUUUGACCCCAACUCUGGGCACCGGGACAUCAUUUUAUCCAAUGACAACCAGACGGCCACCUGUAGCAGCUAUGACGACCGGGUGGUGCUGGGCACGGCCGCGUUCUCCAAGGGCGUGCACUACUGGGAGCUGCAUGUGGACCGGUACGACAACCACCCAGACCCCGCCUUCGGCGUGGCCAGGGCCAGCGUGGUCAAGGACAUGAUGCUGGGCAAGGAUGACAAGGCCUGGGCCAUGUACGUGGACAACAACCGCAGCUGGUUCAUGCACUGCAACUCCCACACCAACAGGACGGAAGGCGGUGUGUGCAAGGGGGCCACUGUCGGCGUGCUGCUGGACCUCAAUAAGCACACUCUGACCUUCUUCAUCAACGGGCAGCAGCAGGGCCCCACAGCCUUCAGCCAUGUGGACGGGGUCUUCAUGCCAGCUCUCAGCCUCAACCGCAACGUGCAGGUCACUCUGCACACAGGAUUGGAGGUGCCAACAAACCUGGGGCGCCCAAAGCUGUCGGGCAACUAG